UAAACUCACCGCUGGAGGAGAACGAAGCUAUUGCGCUCUGAACCAACCGGAUGUAGAGUCGGUUUCCGGGUCAGAUGUUCUUCUUCCGGUCUGUGUUUACCCGCUGAAAGCAGAGAAAGCAGCUAACUAGUCGGUUAAAAACCAGGUGGAGACCAAUCGGUGAGAAGAUGCUGAGGAGGAAACCGACCCGUUUGGAGCUGAAAAUCGACGACACCGAGGAAUUCGAGAGCGUUAAAAAGGAGCUUGAGGCCAGGAAACGACAGCGGGAGGAGGCGGGCUCAGGAGCUGGAGCUUCUGUGAUUGGUGUGGAUAUGAUUGGGGGCGGAGCUUCUGCUUCUUCCACGGCCGCCUCCAGAACGGAGCUCAUCAAUGAGCGGAUCGGCUACAAGCCCCACCCCAAGCCGGCCACGCUGCCCACCUUAUUUGGAAGUUUACAGUUUUAAUAAAGUUUUUGCACAGAUUAAACAGG